CCUGUCAGUUGAGAUUCCGCUUCCUGCUGUAUAAAGGACGAGGGACGAGCUCCAGCCUAGCCAGUCAAUAACAAGGAAGUGCUUUCCUAGCUUGGGCUUUAUUUCAGCAAAACAAGCAGGCAUCGGCUAGUCUGUGUACGUUAGUUAAAAUAUGGCUGAUGAUUUCGGUUUCUUCUCAUCCUCCGAUAACGGAGCGCCGGCGGAGGAGGACCCCGCAGCCGCGUUUCUAGCCCAGCAGGAAAGCGAGAUCGCUGGGAUUGAAAACGAUGAAGGGUUCGGAGCGCUGGAAGGGGCUGGGUCAGGCCAGCAGCUGCAGCCGCAGUCGGAGCCAAAUUUUGGUGAUUUUGGAGGGGAGUUGCCCACAGUAAAUGGAGAUGUCUAUCAGGAGUCCAAUGGCCCCACUGAUGGCUACGCUGCAAUUGCACGCGUUGACCAGAUCAGACAGGAGCCCGAGAGCCUGCGCCUGUGGAGGGAGGAGCAGAAAGCCAGGCUGGAGGAACUAGACGCUGCGUCCAGGGCGGCCGAGAUGGAGUGGAAAGAGAAGGCGAAGAAGGAGCUGGAUGAAUGGCACGUACGUCAGAACGAGCAGAUGGAGAAGAACAAAGCCAACAACAGGAUCGCUGAUAAGGCUUUCUACGAGCAGCCCAACGCUGAUGUGAUAGGCUACGUGGCAUCUGAAGAAGCCUUCCUGAAGGAGUGUGACGAGGACACUCCCGGUUCCGAGUGGGAGAGGGUGGCACGGCUCUGCGACUUCAACCCCAAAACCAACAAGCAGUCCAAGGACGUGUCCCGCAUGCGCUCCGUACUCAUCGCCCUCAAACAGGCACCCCUGGUGCGCUAGGGCUGGAGCCCCCGCUCCCACAAUCGCACUCUCCAUAUCAUGCAAUAGUAGUAGCUAAACCGCCUUGUCUUUGUUGCCUGGACCGAAGAUAGUUGAGAUUCUAUGUUACAAGUGUUUCUUCCAAAUCACUGUUCACAGUCUGUGAUUAUGGAUGCAGUAUCCCUUUAAAUUAUCAUACCAGCAGUGCUUGCUGUAAUAUCAUGCUACAGUCUGCUCUUUCGUGGAUAGGAAGGCAAUUCAGCACACGGAAGGCAUUGAUCAGCCACUAGCGUCUUUCAUGGCUUUGGCUGUGUAUUUUUAUUCUACCUUCUGCUGUAAUAUUUUUAAAUCCAUAAGAGGGAGCUAUUGCAUGAGGAAUUCAGUUUCAAAGAUCAAAGUGACAUUUGGGCAUCUUUCAAAACAACGUACUGAAUCCAUUUGAUUCUUAAUAUUGGGAAAUACAUUGCUUCAAAAAAAAAAAUCAAGUACCAGUUACUGGGAUACUGCGUUUUAUAAUUGCUGAUUCUUUUUCUUUCUUUUUCUUAAUGCGCUGUUGUUCUCGUCUGUACAUUCGCCAGUGCCAUAAGCUGCUGUAGAUCGUUUUAUGUUUUUGGUGGGAUAGGUCAAUGCUUUAGAACAGUUUACAAUGUGGCCCAGUGAAGUGUGUCUGCCUUCUGUUUAACUAGCGAGAAAUGUAUUGGAAAUCUUGAACAUAGCAUUUCUAAAUCACAGUAUUGGAAACAUGAAUUUGAAAAAAAAUAAAAAUAAAAAAAAAAUAAAUAAAUAAAUAAAUAUAUAUAUAUAUAUAUAUAUAUAUAUAUAUAUAUAUAUUAGUGCAGCUUGCCUUGAAAUUUGUAAAUAUAUUAAAAUCAGAGUUUCUGAAGCUGUUUCCUUCGCUGAUAAUAAGGUUAAAGCACUGUGUGCGUCGAACGAAGCCCAGUUUCUCUUUUCUUGAUUAACUAACUGGUAUGUGAUCACGUUUUAUAAAAGAAACUGGUGAAAAAUACAGCAAUGUACUACAGGGUCUCUUGUGUCAACGUGUGGAUUUCCUUUACCUUGCGCUGGCCGAGUCCAGGUGAAAUCCUGUUCUAAUGCCCUGGGCUCAAAAGGCGGUCCUUGUUGAUAGUUCUUACUUUACUAAUGCAACGCUUCUUGAUGUCCUCUUUCACACAGGGACUGCCUUAAUUCGUUCCACACUGCAGCCUUGUGCAGGCUGCUGUAAUUAAUUGGCAGGCCCUGCUUGUCUCUUGUGGAAUUGACGCUGUCGGCUUUGCAGGCUCUGUUUGUUUGUCUGCAUGCAUGAAGAGCAUGGAUCACCGCUGCACACUCCGGCCAGGCUCCUGCAGCUGGAGCAUGGCUAGUCACCCCUGCGGUACUACACCAUGGUCCCUACCCACAUGUUAUUGCAGUUCCUGGAACUGGGUUCGGCCUCAAAAGCAGCUUUUUCUGUUGUUCUUAGCAUUGACCUGUGUUGCAAAAUCAAGCAGAUCUCUGGGCAGAAGCAGCCACACUGUUUACGUCACAUGCCUGUGUAAAUGUACAAGCAGAUUGUGAAAGUUACAUUUUGGUUUUUUUAUAUAUGCCGGUAAUUGUGUAGUCCCGGAAAUUGAAUAAAGAAAAUGCAAAACUGA